AUGUCCUCUGACAACUAUAACGAAUAUAUAGACAAGGGAAUUCAUCUAUUUAGGAAGGGUGUGAAGGAGGCUAAGAAAUUAGGGAAGAAAGCCAAUAAGGAGAUUAAGAAGGCAGCAGGAUUACCUACUGGGCCAUGUACAGAAACGAAUCCUCGUUACUAUAUAGUAGUAGCUAGGCAAGGGGCUAUGGUUAGAAAGGGUAUUGAGAUGGAUAGUGAACAGGUACAUGGUCUGCGUAGAGCAGACAUAUGUACUGUUGUUAAGAUAAGUGGUAGAAGGGCUAAGAUAGUUGAACCUGUUGUGGGCUGGAUAUCUCUUUAUACUGCUGAUGGUGAGGUUAUAAUGAGGCAAACACUUCCACCAGAUAGACGUGAACAGAAUAUGCAUCUUGAUCGUCGUUUUGAGCAAGUAAAGAGAGAACAAGAGAGGGUAGGAGGAUAUAAAGAGGCCGUUAAGAUAGCGAAUGACCAUGCAACAGCUGCAAUGGGUGAAGGUACUGUUGAUAGUACUGCGGGAAGCUCAGCAGCAGCAGCAGCUGAACGCUUCUAUCAACGAGACAAUGCCGCUGGUGGUACCGCUGCUCACUUUGGUUAUGCGAAUAGGAGGGAUUCGGCUCAAGAGGACAGUGCUGUGGCUACAGAUGGUAAUGUGGUCCAAGCAUCGAAUCCUUGGGGUCUCGAUGAACCCAAUAACAGCCAGUCUACGAGAUCCUCUUCGGUUCCUCCUGUCUCGAGCAACGAUAACAAGAAGCCUGUUGUUGCUGACCCUUUCGCUGAUCUCAUAUAG